CACCGCACGACAACCCCCCCACGCAAUUUCGCCACGACACUUCUUGCCUUCGACUGCCCUUGGCUCCCGUGGCUCCCCACCCCACCACCAUGGCUCAAGCCAAGAGCCUGCCCCAACCCACCAACGGCGUCCUCACCGCCGGCCAAAGCGUCGCCGUCAAUCGCAAGAAGGCCAAGCGACGCGCGAAGCAGCAAGCCAAGCUGCAGGCCGAACACCACGCAAACUCGCCCCAAGCGCAUGCCUCCGAAGACGACUUUGACGACCCGGUCCACUUCGAGUCCGCCGACGCCGACGAUCUGUACUACACCGAGGACGAGGCGCACGCCUACUCCCGUCAGGUCUACGCUCAAGAUUACGACGCCAGCGCCCCCGCGCCAAACGGCCAAUUCGCAGAUGCCUACCCGCCCGCCGCCGGUAGCGACAAGAAGGCGCGGAGGAAGAAGAAGAAAGGCCAGCGCGGAAGUCAGCAGCUCAGCUACGGCUAUGAUCUUCCCAGCGGCAGCUCUUCCGGCAUGCUCCCCCAUUCCGGCGCACAGGUACCGCCUCCCCCUCCGCCACCGCCCCCACCGCUCUCGUCCGCAGCGCUCCGCUCCGUCCAGCGCAGCGCAAACUCGAAGGAUCGCAUCUGGAAUACCUCGACGCAGGAGGAACGGGAGAGGAUCAGGGAUUUCUGGCUUUCGCUUGGGGAGGAAGAGCGCAAGUCGCUGGUCAAGAUUGAGAAGGAGGCCGUGUUGCGCAAGAUGAAAGAGCAGCAGAAGCAUUCGUGCAGCUGCACCGUGUGCGGUCGGAAGCGCACAGCAAUCGAAGAAGAGCUGGAGGUCCUGUAUGAUGCUUAUUACGAGGAGCUGGAGUUGCCCUACAGCCAUACCCAAGACCCGCCGCUACCUCCAGACCGAAUGCUUCCCGCGCAUCCGCCCUACGACUCCGGAAACCGCGUCGAGGAGUUGGGGGAUGAGGAGGAAGAGGAAGAGGACGAGGAGUUUGAAGACGACGAGGAUUACGAAAGCGAUGAAGAAGAGGACCUUGAGGACGAGGAAGAGCCCGAAGAGCUCCCUCCGAGAGGUCCGGCCGCAGAUUUCUUCAAUUUCGGCAACAGCCUGACGGUCAAAGGUGGUAUCCUCACAGUUGCAGACGACUUGCUAAAAAACGACGGCAAAAAAUUCAUCGAAAUGAUGGAACAGCUGGCAGAGCGUAGGAUGCAGCGCGAGGACCAAGUCGUGGAACACGCAGGCAGCCUUGCGUAUUCACAAUCCAUGCAGAAUUCUCACGCAGGACACAACCAUGGACCGCCGCCUGAGGACGAGGACUACGAUGACGAGGAAGAGUACGACAGUCAAGAGGACGAGGACUACGAGGAGGAUGAGGAUGACUUGGAUUCCAUGACCGAACAGCAGCGAAUGCGCGAAGGCCGGCGGAUGUUCCAAAUCUUCGCAGCCCGUAUGUUCGAACAGCGCGUGCUAUCCGCUUACCGAGAAAAAGUCGCAAACGAACGCCAGCAGAAGUUGAUUGAGGAAUUGGCCGAGGAAGAGCGCCGGCAGGAGGAACAGGCUCUCAAGAAGGCUAGGGACGCCCAGAAGAAGAAGGACAAGAAGGCUCUUCAGCGCCAACGGCAAGCCGAAGAAAAGGCACGCAAAGAGGCGGAGAAGAAGGCCGAAGAAGAGGCUACCAAGGCUAUCGAAGCAAAGAAGCAAGAAGAGCAACGGCGCAAGAAAGAGGAGGCAAAGAAGAAAAAGGAAGCCGAGCGGAAGGCCCAGGAAGAAGAGAAGAAGCGGAAGGAAAUUGAGAAGCAGAAGCGGUUAGCGGAUGAUCGGGCGCGUCACCAGGAAUCGGAACGCAAACAGCAGGAGCAGAGGGCUCUGGAAAAGAAGACCCGGGAGGAUGCUAAGAAGAGGGAGCGCGAGGAACGUGAGGCGCGAGAGAAGGAGGCACGAGAGCAGAAGGCACACGCCGAGCAGCAGCGGAGGGAAAAAGAGGCAAGAAUCAAGGCAGAGAAGGAGGCGAAGGAGCGUGCUCGCAAGGAAGACCAGGCCACGCAGGCAUCUCAGCAAGGACAAAAGCGCCCGUCUCAGCCGACACCAGCCUUGCCACCCGGACUGCUUUCGAAGCAACCCUCUGCCGGCUUUCCGUCGCCUCUCGUACAGAUCGCGACACCCAACAUCCCCAAGGCUCCGACUCCUGUGCGGCCACGGCAGAGCUCGCAACAAGAAUCGCACAGCUCAUCGCCUCAUACUCCCUCUGCUUUCCCGGGUAUGAGUAAGUCUGUGUCUCCGAGCAACACGUCCCAGCAAAGCGGCACGCAACCGAAAACCAUCCUUCAGAAACCUCAAAAUCUCGCCCAGUCCUCCACCAUGCACCACCCGCAACCCGCCACAUCUCUUCCGCCGUUAGGAGCUCCUCCAGGAAUGUUCCCACCGCCGGGCGUAGGCUUUGGUGGACUUCCGGGCUUGAACGGCCCGUCGCCGCCAAUGAUCCACGGCCUUGGUCAGCGUGGACCAAUGGGAAGCAUGCCGAUGUUCCCUCGUGGGCCUCCUCCAAUGGGCGGCCAUUAUCCCGGAUUUCCGCAACCAAACGGAAUGCCGCCACCUGGCAUGGGAGCUCCUGGGAUGCCACUGGGACGGGGAUUCCCGUUGGAUAUGCCUCCUGGCUUUGGCUCUCCAGUGCCCAGCAUGAGCACUGCGGCGCAGAUUCCAGGCUUCAGUGCUCCACGGGACAUAAUGCCGUCGCAUUCAAGGCAGGCAUCGGCGUCAGGAUCGUUCGACAAGGGCACGUUUGGUUCGCCGCUGGACGGUCCGCAUGCGCAGCCCAUUGCUAGACCGACGCCCAUCCAACGCCCUUCCAGCGUGAAGCCCCACGAGCAUAACCUGGAAAACAAAAAGGCCAAGAACGCCGACGUGGACGACCUGAGCAACCACCUAGGAAGCAGCGCCCUUCUAGACGACAGCGACGAGCCGAUCCCGACGAGCGCUGCAGAAGCACGCCGGGCCAGCAUUGCGCCAACGGCGAGAUCCAGCGCCAUGGCCUUUGGCACGUCGCCCCUGUUUGCAGACACGACGAACCGGGCGCGCAUCGACCCGUUUGGGCUCCCCAGCGGCGGCAGCAGCACGUGGGGCGCGCCGGGCGGCAUGGCGUUUGGACCGCCAGGCCUGCCGGGCAGCACGUGGGGGUCGUCGCCGACGAGCGGGGGCGGGUGGCCGACGCACGUCGUGGGCAGCUUCGGCAGCGUGGCGGGCGGCACGCCGCACCACCGGGCCAGCAUCUCGCGGCCCGUGUCGGUGCGCGUCAUGGUGUGCGCGGCGUGCAAGCAGCUAGCCGCGUCCGCGCCCAGCCCAGACGGCUUCUACGACAUCGCGACGGUGCUGCGCACGAUUGAGGCGGGCACGUUCCGCGGCGCGGGCGAGGCGCCCGUCUCGCUCGACGAGGUGCUCGAUAUCUGCGAGACGGAGGGCGACGCGCACAACGGCGGCGGGUUCCUGCUGAAGCGCGAGGGCAGCAGCGCCAGCUCAGGUGGUGGUGGCGUGGCGGUCAAGUUCGAGCCGGACAACCCGCUUGGAGGAGGAGGAGGCGCGGGGGCAGCGGCGGGGUUGGCGGCGGGGCCAGCCGCCUCCUCCACCACUGUCGGCGGCAUGCGCAUCCCUGGCGCGCGCGCGCGCAGCGGUCUGGGUGAGAUUGGCAGCCCUGUCCCCGGCCACUCGGUGCCGUUUGGUGUGGGUGUGGGCGGCGCGACGGCAGCGGCGGCGAGAGCGAGCCCGUUUGCGGCGGCCGUGGGGUCCGGGCUUGCGAGCCCGACGUCGAUGACGAAUUUCUAGCCUGCUGCUGUUGCUGUUGCUGGGUUGGUUGUUGUCGUUGUUGUUGUUCGUUCUGUCCCGAGCGUGCGAGCGUGCUGUGCCGUG